UUGACUUUGUUAGUCACUCUCAGUCAGAUAUCAUUAACAUGGCAUAAGUCAUGGUACAUGUGUAGAAUUGCAGGAAAUUUGCUUUAAAACUGAAAAAAUGUCUCUCCCCAUGACAAAAUGGGUAGAAUUGCAGGGAAUUAGCUGUAAAGCUGAGAAAAAACAGUGUCUUGCCCCAUGGCAAUUUUUUAAAUAAUUUCAUGAAAUUUGUAAAAGAAUUGUACAGACAAUUAUCUGCCCCAUGACAAAGUGUGUAGAGUUGCAGGAAAUUCACUUUAAAACAUACAUUUAAUCUCUGCCAUAAAGAGGGGGGUCACUAAAAUGUUUUGGCGCACUAAAAUGUUUUGCUUGCUUAGGGCCCCCAAAAGGCUAAAAUGGGCCCUGAGUCAGAGAAUGUCAGUUGAUAGAAGUUAAUCUGCAGUGACUGUGAUCGGUUAUGCUCAAAGAUCAAGAUAAUACAAAUGUUGGACAGUCAUGAAAUUUGACAAUAUGCAUAGGUGCUAGCCUCUAGGAAUCAGUUCAGCAGCACAAAGUAUAACAAUACACUUUUCAAACACUAGCUAGGAGUAAAAUACUUGGGCAUCAACAGCAUGCAUUUUCUUCAUACCAUGUGACUUCCUGCAAAUGGCAGGUGAAAAAGAAAGUGAAAUCUAGUUAUGUUGGAAAAACACGUACAAGGGAUAGUUGAGGGUCAAAUCGGCUUCUCUUAUUCAUAUCUCACAGUCCGCCCUGUGUGUAUGAGGCAACGACUGAUAGACAUUGGAGACAGAGAGCAACACGAUGACAACCCAGCAGCAGGAGGGAGCCCAGUUUAUAGAUGAUCACAGGGCAGAUCUUAUUCAGAGGGUCAGUCCGGUAGAGCCCAUUGCAGAUGUCAUGCUCUCACAGGGACUGAUCCAUCCAGAGGUUAAUUCUAACAUCCUGGCUGCCAGAACCAGCCAGGACAAAAUGAGGGCGCUAUACGAAGCCAUGUCCACUCAACCCCAGAAGGAGGCACUCUACAACAUCCUGGUGAAGGACUAUUCUUGGGUCACUCAGGAAAUCCAUAGAAUGAGGAUAUUGCCGCUGGGAAAAACUUGUGCUGGGAGGAGUGCAUCAGGAAACACAAUCCUUGUGGAAGGACCGAGACAGGAGCGAAUGGCAAUCAGCAUGGGCCAUACAGAGGAGAUGAACAAUACUGGAGCGCUGCAGCUGAAACAGAAUGUUGUCGAGCGAGUACCAGAGAGACCAUCAAGGAAGUCAGCAACAUUCCACGUUAGAGUGAAUGGACUGAGAGGGGAGAUAAUGGAAAUCGACGUGGGCCAUUCAGAGGAGGAGAUGAACAAUACCACAGUGCUGCAGCUGAAACAGAAAAUUUCCCAGAGACUACCAGGCUGGGACAUAGAUACCCUGACGAUGAAAUACACAUACAAGACUCUGGAAGACUCACGCUUGCUCUCCUGUUAUGGAAUCCAGGACAAGUCUCUCAUUCAUCUAGUGCUUGAUAAAUAUAGAAAAUAGAGUGUCUUCACCAGUCACAUCAUCCCACUACACUACACUCAAAGAAAUGCUGGGUUGUUUAGUUGAUCCUGGGUUGCAGGCGUUGGGUUGGGUUGUUUUCUUUAAAAACUGCUGGGUUAUUGAUGCUGGGUGCUGGAUUAUUGAUGCUGGGUGCUGGGUUAUUGAUGCUGGGUGCUGGAUUAUUGAUGCUGGGUGCUGGAUUAUUGAUGCUGGGUGCUGGAUUAUUGAUGCUGGGUGUAUUGGUGUAUGAGUUCCCUUAAACCAUUGUUGGGAUACAAUAAGGUGGUAUACCUUAUUAUAAUAUGUAAUAAUUCAUCCAAUGUGUAAAAUGCAAAUAAAAUAAAGGACAAUUUGAAUUUG